AUGAAUCAACCAGACUAUUAUCAAAUCCUUGGAGUAUCCAAAGAUGCUUCAGAAGAAGAAAUAAAAAAGGCUUAUCGUAAAUUAGCUUUGAAAUGGCACCCAGAUAGAAACAAGGAUCCUUCAGCCAAGGUCGAAUUUCAAAAGAUCGCAGAAGCCUUUGAAGUCCUGAGUGACCCAGAAAAGAGACAGGAAUAUGAUAAUCCGGUCGAUCCUGAGGACGGCCAGCAACACUUUUACUUUUACACACCAGAAACUGAUCAUUUAUUCCAUCAAAUGUUUGGCUCAGACAUAUUUUUUGACUUUGGUGACUUUUUCUCAACUCCAGGUCGUAAGCGUCCCCGAUACCAACCACAACAAAGCUUCCAGCAGCGUAAACGACAAAAGACCGUUGUUCAUCAAGUAUCUGUCACCUUGGAAGAUCUUUACAAAGGUACGACCAAAAAGUUUCAGUUGACUCGUGACAUUGUCGACAAGAAGACAAACAAAUAUACCAAGAAGCAGCAAGUAGUUCAGAUAGAGAUCAAGCCUGGAUAUGUAGAUGGUACAACUAUUUCUUUUCAAAACAUGGGAAACGAGUGGGCUCCAGGAAAGGCUGGUGAUUUGAUCUUUGAGAUUCGUGAGCUACCGCAUUCUAUCUUUAAGAGAAAGGGGCGAAACCUGUAUACGAAUGUGCAGUUGAGUUUGGUAGAAGCCUUGACUGGAUUCAAAAAGGAGAUCAAACGGUUAGAUGGCUCCAUUUGUAUUGUCGAACAUGGUCUCUCACGUCGUUCUCAGAUAUUAAAACCAAUACAACAUGGUGAUGAAAAAGUUCUUAUUGGUGAGGGUAUGCCAGACCCAAAGACAGGCGAAAAAGGAAAUUUAAUUAUUCGCUUCAAAGUCGAAUACCCAACACAACUAACAGAACAGCAAUGCUCUCUUAUCAAACAGGCUUUUUCUUCAUCGUCAUUAGUAAGCAAGAAGGACGAGAUGGAAGUGGACUUGUAA